AUGUUGGACACGGUGGGCCACACGGUACUCCGUACGGUGGACAACACGGUGGACCACAUGGUACUCCACGCGGUGGACACGGUGGGCCACACGGUACUCCGCGCGGUGGACAACACGGUGGACCACAUGGUACUCCACGCGGUGGACACGGUGGGCCACACGGUACUCCGUGCGGUGGACAACACGGUGGACCACAUGGUACUCCACGCGGUGGACACGGUGGGCCACACGGUACUCCGUGCGGUGGACAACACGGUGGACCACAUGGUACUCCACGCGGUGCACACGGUGGGCCACACGGUACUCCGUGCGGUGGACAACACGGUGGACCACAUGGUACUCCACGCGGUGGACACGGUGGGCCACACGGUACUCCACGCGGUGGACACGGUGGGCCACACGGUGGAAAACUACCCAGUGCGGUGGACACAGACAUCCGGCGCCCAGAACCCACACUGUCCAGAACCCAGCGCCCACCCCGGCGCCCAGAGUUCCGGCGCCCAGAGUUCCGGCGCCCAGAGUUCCGGCGCCCAGAGUUCCGGCGUCCAGAGUUCCGGCGUCCAGAGUUCCGGCCCAGAGUUCCGGCGCCCAGAGUUCCGGCGGAGUUCCGGCGCCCGUGAGUGUCCAGAACCCCGGCGCCCGGUGCCCCGGUGUCCAGAACCCCGGCGCCCAGUACCCCGGCGCCCAGAGUUCCGGCGCCCAGAGUUCCGGCGCCCAGAGUUCCGGCGCCCAGAGUUCCGGCGCCCAGAGUUCCGGCGCCCAGAGUUCCGGCGCCCAGAGUUCCGGCGCCCAGAGUUCCGGCGCCCAGAGUUCCGGCGUCCAGAGUUCCGGCGUCCAGAGUUCCGGCGCCCAGAGUUCCGGCGCCCAGAGUUCCGGCGCCCAGAGUUCCGGCGCCCGGUGCCCCGGUGUCCAGAACCCCGGCGCCCGGUGCCCCGGUGUCCAGAACCCCGGCGCCCAGUACCCCGGCGCCCAGAGUUCCGGCGCCCGGAGCAGGAGACUGGUGGAGGUGGUGCUCCAGUUCUGAUCCCUUCAUCUCCUCAGCCGUCAUCUGUGUUGCCAUCUACAAACUAA